GCGCCAACCCGCUCUUCUCUUCACCGACACAGACCACAAACAGACCAAUAGACCCUCGUCUCUUGCUCACACCUCCACCCUGUCUCUUGCUCUUCUCUUCUUGGCAGUUUGGCACAGCAGAGCAGGCAGCUAGGCAUGGCCAUGGCGCUCUCCGGCUACCCAGCGACGACCCCGCUGCAGCUCGUGCUCUUCUCGCUGCUGCUGCUCGCGAGCUCAGCCGCGGCCUUGCCGGUGCCGGAGCGCCCGGCCAUGGACCGCGUCCGGUGGCAGGUGGACAGGGUCAACCGGCGAGGCUCUUCCCUCGGCCUCGUCAUGUCGUACGUCGACGAGGCCACCGCGUUGCAGGCCUCCGGCUACUUCACGCCUUGGCAUGUCCUCCCCUUCGUUGACCUCUAUGGACGGCGGUAUCACAUCGGCAGCAUUCGGGGAGUGAACGUUAUAUAUGCAUUGACAGGGCAACGCAGGUUGAAUGCUGCUGUCACUGUACAGACUCUCAUCGAUGUCUUCAGCGUCUCUGGUAUUGUUCACUACGGCACGGCAGGGAGUUCUAAUGACUCCAUGUCUUUUGGUGAUGUCAGUGUUCCCAAGCUUGUUGCUUACACGGGUGCCUGGACAUGGAAGAAGUUCAAAUCACCGAAAGAAUCAUCAGCAGAACUAAGCUUUGGGGAAUAUAACAUCCCAAAUGGAGGAGGGAAUUUGCUAGGAUCCCUGAAAUACAGAAACGAGGAGCUAUACUCAGUUGGCAAGCCUAUGGAAGAAGUUUUCUGGCUACCUGUAGAUUCAGCAUGGUUCAGAAUUGCAGAACAACUUAAGGUCAAACUUGAAAGGUGCAAUGACACUUUCUGCUUACCGACAACUCCACAAGUUGUCUAUGGGCUAAAAGGAUCAUCAGCAGACAUGUUUCUUGACAACGCAGAAUACAGAAAGUUCCUUUUCAGAGAAUUUGGGGUGUCAACAGUAGAUGAGGAGAGCGCAGCAGUGGUGAUGACAACAACAUCACCUGGCAUACCUGUGAUUGUAUUCCGAGGAGUAUCUGAUUUGGCUGGAGGGGAACCAACAUGGUCAUCAACAAGCUUGAUGAAUCUGGCAUCUAUUAAUGCAUUAAAAGUGGCAGUUGAGUUCAUCGCUACAGUUGGCAAGCAGAAGUCAAGCGUAUCAGUACAAAGGAGCAAUAACUAAACAAAAGAUGACAGCCAUGUUCGUUCAUUACUGCUCCAAAAUAGGUUUGCAGCAAUAACUGGAAGUUAUGUUCAGAAUGAUAUGAAAUCUUGUGGCUUCAAGUCAUACACCCUCUCCAAUAAACGGAUAAAACGUUUGAGAUACAUAGACACAUUGUAACCACACCUCUAGUUAUGAUUUGUUUUUCCAGUAUAUAUUUUGGGGUAAUGCUAUAACAAAAUGGUGGUUAAGAUAUUUCAUUUUUUAGAAGA